AUGUCCGAUAACAAGAGCAAGCAACAGCCCACGGUCGAGACGACUGUCACAGGCCCCGAUGGUGAAAGCCCAUCUACUGUGACAUCGACCGAUGCCAGCCCACCAGAAUCGGAUCCUGUUCCUGAAACAGCAGCAGACCAGAUCGACCAAGAAAAGAAAGGCUUUUUUGCGUACUUCAAAACCAAGGAGUUCUACAUAACUCUAAUCCUUGGACAGUUUCUGGCCAUCACAAACACCGGCACGAACACAUUCAACCAGAUGCUCGCGGACAAGCAAACUCAAAUCCCGGCUUUCCAGACAUUCUUCAACUACUGCCUUAUCAACAUCAUCUUCACUUCCUAUACCCUCUACAAGUAUGGCAUCAAAGGCUGGUUCCAGAUGAUAUGGAAGAACUGGUGGAAGUAUGUUAUUCUAUCUUUCUGCGAUGUCGAGGGCAACUACUUCAUGGUCCUUGCGUACCAAUAUACCACCAUGAUGAGUGCUCAGUUGAUCAAUUUCUGGGCCAUCGUCAUUGUGGUUCUGGCAUCCUUUAUAUUCCUCCGCGUCCGCUAUCACAUUUCCCAGAUUCUCGGUAUUUUGAUCUGUAUCGGCGGCAUGGGCGUCUUGAUUGCGUCGGAUCACAUUCAGGGCACGAACGGGGGAGAUAUCUCCCGAGGCAACCAGAUCAAGGGCGACCUUUUCGCAUUACUGGGAGCUACUUUUUACGGCCUCGCCAACACCGGUGAGGAAUACUUCGUGAGCACCGCUCCUGUUUACGAGGUUAUCGGCCAGAUGGGCUUCUUCGGCAUGAUCAUCAACGGUGUACAGGCCGGUAUCUUCGACCGCGAGUCUAUCAAGAACGCACACUGGGAUGGUCAAGUGGGCGGCUAUCUGGCCGGCUACACCCUGUGUCUUUCCAUCUUCUAUUCCACGGCACCGCUCUUAUUCCGUCUGGCGUCGGCUGCCUUCUUCAACAUCUCUCUCCUCACAAUGAACUUCUGGGGUGUCAUCAUCGGCAUUGAAGUUUUCAAAUACAGUGUGCACUGGAUGUACCCGAUCGCGUUUGUUCUCAUCAUUAUCGGCCAGCUUAUCUACUACCUCGGCCGCAAAGUCCUGGGCGAAGCUCGCAAGCCUUGGCUUGGGCGCAACCAGGAGCGCGGUGUUGCUGGCAUCUUCACUGCGAAGCGCAAGAUCGAAGCGAAUGCAGCGGCGUUGCGCACUUCCGUGGCCUGA